CAUUUCCAACCCGACUGGAUCGUGAGCUCACGCAGGCAGGCAGCAUGGCACAUGCACGCUUCCUUCCUCACUCGCGUGCCCAUCGUGGCCAUGGCCCUCGGUCCGUCACUCCGGUCUCUUCCACUUCUACCACAGCGACACCCAUUUGCGAGUGAAAAACACCACCACCUGUUUCUCCUAGAUUUUGUUCCUAUGCGCGCACCAGGUGUGUGACUUCUUUAACUUACUUGUUUACCUUCUUGAGCUGGUCUUCGCUAUGGCUUUACUGAUACCCUUUGUACUUGCUGCUUAUGUCUUACUCUACGCCUUCGCCUUCACAAUUCCGCCUCUCCCACCCAUUUCGAACUUCCUAAGCGUUGGGCACGCACAGCAGGCGCAGAAGCCGCUACAGGAUACACUGGAUGCGUGGCUUGAAAGAGAAGAAAGAAUCGCCCUAGACAAGCUGCUGGCGAACGUGGCACCUGGUGGACGGAAUGUGAAGGAUGCGGCACCGGGCUCUGUGAUCGCCAGUCCCUCCCGAGAGCAUCCGAACUAUUUUUACCAAUGGGUUCGUGACGCUGCCAUCACUACAUCUACUCUCGUGGACCUGUACGCAGAAGAUGCGUCUUCGAGUCUCUCGUCACAGCUCUCUGCCAUACUUAACGACUAUUCCAACCUCCAAUCCGCACUGCAGCAUACAAAUAAUCCGUCCGGCACUUUUGGCGAUCUGUCAGGCCUGGGUGAGCCGAAGUUUGAAGCCGAUGGCUCUCCCUUCGUGGGUUCCUGGGGAAGACCUCAGCGAGAUGGCCCUGCACUGCGGGCCAUAACCCUGAUGGCAUACCUACGGGCCUACAAUACUUCUCAUCCCUCGUUGUGGGCUAGCGAUAGUGGAGAGGAUUGGUUCAAGCCUCUCUAUGACCCAUCACUCCCUGCCCAUAGCAUCAUCAAGGCCGACUUGGAGUACGUGUCCCAUUUUUGGAAUCAAAGUAGUUUCGACCUAUGGGAAGAAGUAGACGGCUUUCAUUUCUUUACCGCCAUAGUUCAGUUGCGAGCCAUGCGAGAAGGUGCCGACCUCGCUUUAGCUUUUGAAGAUGGGGGAGCUGCAGACUGGUACAGCCAGCAAGCCCAGCGGCUAGAACGGUUCGUCCAUGGCUUUUGGGACGAGAGAAAGGGGCAUCUUGUUGAAACGCUGUUCAGUUCUCGCACUGGUCUUGAUUGCGGCCUUCUCCUCGGAUCUCUCCACGGCUACCCUUCUGCAUCCUCUCAUACCCCUGUCUACGCUCCGUACUCUGACGAGCUUCUCGUCUCCUUACUAGCCCUCGUUCAGGACCAACGCACCCGGUUCCCCAUUAAUGCCGCACCCUCGUCCGAGGAAGACGACAACGCUAUGGAAGGAGUAGGCCUUGGACGCUAUCCCGAGGAUGUGUACGAUGGUUACGGUACCGAUAAGCGUGGGGGAAAUCCCUGGUUCCUAUGCACGGCCUCUGCUGCCCAAGUCUUGUAUAUCACCGCCGAGCAUCUGGUGACUACUUCCAAUCUCACCAUCUCCUCUACAGGCCUACCAUUCUACGAAGCCCUGAUGUCCUCAUCGUCGCUAGAACCACAAUCGGAUACAACAUAUGGUCCUAGCGAUGCAGUUUUUCACAGUGUGAUCGAGAGACUAAAAAGUGCGGGCGAUGAGUUCAUGGAGGUGAUCAAGACGCACACCGAUGCGGAGGGAAGUCUCAGUGAGCAAUUCGAUCGUGUCACUGGGUACGAGCGUGGCGCCAAAGACCUCACCUGGAGCUACGGAGCUUUUUUGCAAGCCGUGAGAGCUCGAAAGAGGAUUUUGUGACAAUGUGGUAGGAGUAAUUGAGAUGAGAUGGUUAGGUAUUGGUGUAAGGGUGGAUACGAGAUGGCAUGGAAGGCAAUGGGUAACGGGAUAUGAAUCAUG